GUUCAAGUCCGUCGCGCGAAGGGAGUUCCGAAAUAAACGAAGAAAAACUUUGGAAUUAAAAAGAGUGCAGGUCUGAUCUGUAGCAGUGCAGCAAGAUGAUUGUUCAUGGUUGGAACUGUAUCUGAACGAAACUACUAUACCAGUACAAAGUACUACUAUUGUGAGUUCCAGCACCAAAAUGCGAGUUCUGAAGCCAGCUGAGUCGACUAUGAGGCAUUCGGAUCGUCCCCCCAGCCCGGCAGUGCGCAGGGUGGAGAUGGAGCGUGGCAGAGCUGGCUACGGGUUCACCAUUGCUGGCCAAGCACCUUGUGUCCUGCGGGGAAUAAUAAAAGGGAGUCCAGCGUACAGUGUCGGACUGCGGCCUGAGGACCGCAUCUUGCGUGUGAACGAUACAGACGUGUCCGAUGCACCGCAUGAAAUUGUGGUGAAGCUGAUUGGUAUGUCAUCACAAUCACUGUGUUUGCUGGUCACAUCAGGUGACAGGCCACCCAUGGCCUCCUGCUCCAGUGACGAGGAACUGGGUUGUCAGAGUAAGAGCAAACUGCCGUGGCUCAAUCCUGGAAAAAAGGAUCCUUUCCCCAACAGUAUGGACAUGAGGGAGCCGAUGCUUCAGUCGGUUGGAAGUUUUGAUACUGUCUUUGAGAUCUCUGAUCAGGGCACCAUGAGCGCCCAUCAAGAUAACCAGGAAAAACAAAGACCUUUGUCUGAACCAGAUAUGUCUUAUUGGUUGCAGCAGCGUAGGUCAAAUAGUCUUUCACAGGAUGACACGUCUCGAGUCGUAAGUGAGGAUUCUGUGUUUUCAGACCUUCAGAGUCAGAAUGACUUUGUAUCUGACUCCAGCAUCCUGAACUUUGCGAUGAUUGUGGGAUACAUCAACUCCAUGGAACUGGAGCUAGUAAUGUCACAAUCUGAGGAGGAGGCAUUGCAAGUCAUCCGUGAAUGCAUUAGUCAGAUUGGCAUUGAGCAGAAGACCCAUUCGCUGGUCAUGAUGAGGGUCAAAUGCAACUGCGUUCAGCUUUGCGAUGACCGAGAUGUUGUUCUAGCAUCUUACCCAGCGGAGAACCUGGCGCUUUGUAUCAUUUGCUCGGAGGACAGCAGGUUCUUUGGCCUUGUCUCGGUUGAUACGACCAAAAAUAUUCAUGCUGGGAUGCAGACAAGCACCCUGAAGACAUUAUGUCAUGUGUUUUUCAUAGAUCCGGAGCUUUAUGAACACAAGGAGCACCAAAGCAUCAUAGGGCACUUUGGGAUUCCCUGCACUCCAGAUCCAGACACUCAAGGCUGUUUGGAGUUUCCUCAAACUCCACACUCGAUUUCUCACUUUGUGUCCGUCCUCUAUUCUGACAUGGGGGACUAUAUUGAAAAACUGAGACUGAAACUUGACAGCGAGAAUCCUGAAGAAGAACCACAAAACGCACGUAACAAUGGCAGUGGCAGUGACAGCGGGAUCGGAAAUGCUUCGCCGGAGGAUAGAGACAGUCUCAAUGGCCAGUGGAGCUUCACGCCUCCAAACAUUUCCAACCCACCACCAUAUUAUUCACAGCACAGAAACAAACCCGAGUGCAGGUGCCUUCUGUCCGAUCCGCUAGCAGGAGCUGCUCAACCUGUGACUCAAUCGAUAGAGACAUGCCGAGGUGUCUCAGGCAAGGCAGACAGUUCAGCUUUUACUCCUCUUUGUCUUAGUAUGCAAUCUAACUUGCGACCUAAACCGAGAACCAGUCAACGCAGACCUUCCAUUGGCUUAAAGGCUCGCUGGCAGAAGUCUCGUCCCAACAGCAUUGAAUGCUUGGUUGAAAGGGACAGCGAUGGGCCCACAAGUAAAAGUAGCAUCCUUCCUCCCGCUAUGAAACAAAUACCGACUAUCCGAUACAAACCACUAGAAGAUCUCAAACAUCCUCAGAGAAUGAACUUCACUCCACAGCUUGAGCUGACCUCCAGGUUCUUCAGUAGUGCAGCCAAGCAUAAGGAUGGGGAAAAUAAGGGGUCUUUAUUUUGGGCACUCACAAGGGGACGUUCCUCUGUACGAAGAACAUCAGGUCCCACUAAACGACUCAGUCUGGCUCAUUCACUUAAUGACCUUGAGUCGGCUGCAUCAGAUAGAGAGCGCAGCGGUCUCGAGCGUCAUGACUGCGGCAGUGUGAGCAGUUUGGAAAGUAAUGGUAGUCUGCCCAGCGUCACCAACCAUUGUCGCUUCUCAGAGCGCCGUGUUGCAUCAUGGGCCGUCAGCUUUGAGCGUUUGCUCCAGGAUCCUGUGGGUGUUCGCUAUUUUUCUGAGUUUCUAAAGAAGGAGUUUAGUGAGGAAAACAUCUUAUUCUGGCAGGCCUGUGAAUGCUUUAGCCAAGUUCCAGAACAUGACAAAAAGCAGAGAGAUGAAAGCUUGGCAGGACAACCGUCGAAAGGAGAUGGUGAAGACAAGCAUCCCCGGUCAGCUGCGUCAGAGAGGAAGAAAGGGAAAAAGAAUCAUAUAGAUGAAGCAGAGGAAUUUUUCGAGUUGUUGAGUCGUGCUCAGAGCAGUCGUGUUGACGACCAGAGAGGCUUGCUGAGAAAAGAAGACCUUGUGCUUCCUGACUUUCUCCGUCUGAACCCUGAUCCCGAACCCCAACCCCCUGCCUGCUCAACCCCCACCUCUCAUAAACCCGGCCACACCACCACAACCCCCCAGUCUCCUAAACCCAGCUCCUCAAACGGACACCCCCGUGCACCCAGCCCUGACUCGCCUCCUUUCACCGCCCCACUCUCCCCCAUCCUACACUCCUCUGGUCCGCAGGGUCAGGACGAGGAAGGGCUGGGCGACCUGACUCUUGUGGGGGAGGGUGACAUCAGCAGCCCUAACUCCACUCUGCUUCCGCCUCCGCCGAUCUCUCCGCCCCUUUAUGAGGGCAGCCUACCUGAGGCCAACUUCACUCCUCCGCUAUGCUUACACAGGCAUCCCAGCCCAGGUACAGAAGAAGGAAACGCAUGCACUUCAGCUGUCAACAACCAUCCCUCUUCAGCAGCUCAAGUGCUGGACAAGAGGGUCACUCUGGAGGACAGCUUCGAGGGUUACGCAGCUGAGCUUCGCCAGUGCCAGAACAAAAUGAGAAAUGACAUUUACCCCUCCACAGAAGCGCCCCGUCCCCUCAGCGGGGUGCUGGAAGUCAACGAGAGCGACACAGUGCAAUAUAAAGCAACGUUUGUCUGAAGGAAGCUGCUUGCUGGACAUUUUCAAAGACUGAUAUGGAGCCAAAUUGUGUAUGUGGAAAAUCUUUUGAAAAGAUUGAAAGGGUUAUUCGUUUAAAUGUAACUUUAGACCAUUCUUUAUUUAAUGAUAAUGAUAAAAAGAAAAACUCUGUGUUCAGUGUUAGAUUGGGAUCAUAGUGCACAUCAGAAUAUCAGUGUAACUAGCUGGGAAAUUGUUGUGGGAGGUAAAAGCAACUGGUUUCAGUAGUUAUAGUGGAAUUUAGUCCAUCAAGUCAUAAAUUCCUUUUCAUGGAGUGUUCUGUUUUUUUCAAGGCUGUCUUGUACUGUAAUUUUGGAAAAACAAACACAUCUAGUCUUAUGUUAAAUACAUUAAGUUUUA